UAGAACUCGAGGGUGUUUGUCUGGGCGCUUCUUUAUGCCACAAGUGUUCACCUCGCUGGAUGUCACUUGCUGCUUGCCUUCGUUCAGUAACAUCUCAAGAACUGGAUGGAUUUUGUCCCAUGGAAAGCCAAUCGGCUGACAUUGAGAGCUCUGCUGUCAGUUUGGGUGGGUUUAAGUUUGAGCUGCUGGCGUGCCCGAGCUUCAGUGGCCACUGCAGAGUCUUCAGCACAGCGCAAAUCGGCCUACAACUUCAGCAAGCCCUUCCUGGGACUUGACAAAUGCAAUGCCUGCAUUGGCACAUCCAUCUGCAAGAAGUUCUUCAAAGAAGAGAUCAGAUUUGAGAACUGGCUGUCGUCAAACCUUAAACUGCCAUCCAGCUACAAGGUUAGCUACGCAGGAAACUACACGGAUGAUUCCAACAACUGGAGGGUGAUAGUCAUAUCCCGCCUGCUUCCUCAGUAUAAGCACGACCUCUCCGACACGAGGAUCUGCAGCUCAGCGCAUAGGAGCACCUGCAGCAUCGAGAGCAUCCUGAAGAGCACAGAGAGGUUCCAGAAGUGGCUGGGCUCCAACCUGCUCACUCCAGAACUCAUUCAGGGCUUAUCCAGCCCCAUGCUGAGAUGUCCUUCACAGCGGCUCCUGAACCGGAUCAUAAGGCGAUAUGCUGAGGUGGCCGACGCAGGAAGCAUUCAAAUGAAUCAUUUUAGAGAGCAGGAUAAACUGAGGCUUCUGUACACGCUGUCCAUCAACCAGCAUCCUAUUAUACUCCAGAUAUUUCCUGGGAAAGAAGGCUGGCCCUUCCCCAGGUAUCAUGGAUCCUGUGGGAGAAUGAUGGUGACAGCCGGAACGGAGCCCCUCCGGAAGUACUAUGGUGCUCCCCUGGAGACAGUGGCAGACUUGGCCUAUCAGCUCCUGCGCAUCACGGAAUUCCUGAGGGAAAACGGGCUCAGCUACCUCUUGUACUACACGACCAUCAGUGCUGACAUGUUUGGCACUUUCGAGGACGGCCGUCUGUUCAUCACAGAUGCCAGCACCAUAGGAGUCAUCGACAAGCAGGAAGGUUAUCCAUUGGAGGGAAGACACCGGGAACAGCAAGAUAUUUUCUCCUGCCUCAGCCUGGACUGCAGGCCAUUUCCAUCUUGUCAGUCAGUCAGAGAGGCACAAAGUCUCCUCCUGUUGUGCAAGGAGAUCCUACCAAAGCUGCUGCUAUCCCGGCAACGGACUAACCUACACCUCCAUAAAGAAAUGAAGAUGCUCCUCCACGACUGCAGUGCCGCGACACUUUCUGACAAGAGCAUUAUACAUGCAGCAAAGGAGCUGAUGCAUCUGUUAAAGCCAUUUCGUCCUUGCACACAGCAUUUCCCUUAUCGCUAUCCAGAAUGUAAAUACAACACGGACUACUAAUAACAAAAAAGACAACACUCAGGUCUGUUCACAAGGGCUAAUUAGCUCAAGGUUAGCUAUGCUAGAAGACUCCAAGGUACACACAUACAUACAUUGUCUUGCUGUGCCUUCUGGGACAAGACAAGGAAAUAUAAAGGUUGGCUGUGCAACACUGGGGACAUUUUUUUAUGUUGGUUAAGUGUUAGUUGACUUACCAUUUAUGAUGCAAUUUCUAAUAAAGAGUAUUUAUUAAUUUAGUACAGGACUACGGCAACACUGUUUGCUCUACUUUGAACAAUUUUGACAGUUUUGGGUGAGACACCUUAGCAUCAGAUUAUCACUGCCUUGGUUAGAUUACACAAUGGCUCAUCUUGACUGGAACACUUACUGUAGCUAACAGUGAGGACUGCAAACUUUGAUGUCUGGUAGGUCUGCCUUUGACUCCCUAAAACCAAUCUGCACAUUUGCCUCAGUUCACUUCUGCUGAAAGUCAUGGCAGCUCAUAAACUGCAUGGAAAAUCAGUGCCAAGGAAAAUGAGAACAAUCCACAGAACCUGACAUUCAUGUUUCAUAGACUACUUUUGAAGCACACUGUUUUAUUUGUGAUGUUAUUUUCAUUUACUUGACUGACUUGUGUUCCAUUGUGAAUUUCCCAUUGGGAUUAAUAAAGUAUCUAUCUAUC